AUGCUCGAGCGCGUCGCAUACCCUAGCGGUUGGCGUCGCCUCCGCGAGACAGGCUCCUUGCUGGAGCGCACAGCGACGCUACUGCACGAGUCCGAACAGGGUUCCGAAACGACAGCGACCACGUUUCGCGACGUGUACGUUUCGGUGCUCGCGCUGAGCGAAGUGACAAGCCACUGCUUUGAACAGUGUUCCGCAACAGAAACACAAGGGGUUUUAUGGGGUUUCGUGCCGCCAGGAGCGUCGAGCCGAGCGGUCGUCGUUUGGGACGCGACACCUGCUUGCGCGCCUCCAGGUACAGUGCCUGUACCAGUGUCACCAGCGCGCGACGCUCAACUGCCCGAGAACCGCUCGCAGCUACUGACGCCGGGCAUCGCCUUGAACGCUGUCGGCUGGUACCGCUCGCAUCACGGAUACGGCUGCUGGCUCAGCCGAAGUGAACUGGCAAGUCACGGUGCUGUUCAGGAAAGCGGCCAAGGACCCUGGGUGAUCCUCAUCGUGGACCCGGUCCGGAGCCGCCGAGUCGGGCAGGUUGCGCUGCGCGCUUUCCGCGUCUAUCCCCAGGGGUACCGGCCGUUCCCGCGCAGCAGACCUUCAGUGCAGGUGCGCCACGAGCGUGUGCCUCUCGACUACCUCCUCGAGUUUGAGCAGGGCGCCCCAGCGUACUACGAACUAACUGUCCACUACUUCGGCAUGCCUGCCGAUGCAUCCAUGUUAUCCUGGAUCAAACAGCGCGAUUGGCCAUGUAUCCUGUCGACAUCGCAGACGGUUGCAACCCGAGCGAGUACAGUGCAGGCGCUCUCAGAUGCUGUCGCGAAAACCGAGGCCUUCGAAGUCGCCCUGCGGCAAAUGCUGUGCUCACGCCGUCACGCUGCUGCUGCCGGCACGAUGCAGCGUCUCCGCAGUCGCUCCGCAGCGUCGUGUAGCGCACAUGCGUCCACUGGUGGCGACGAGUUCGCCUCUGAGGCGAACGCCCAACGGACCCAGCAGGCUACUGCCGGCACGAGCGCCGUCAAUAUGAGUUUUUCGCCGCCCCCAGCGCCAAGCAGUGCAUCCAGGCGGCCACCGCCAUCACCAAAUCAUCGCGUACGCAGGAUGCAGCGCUUGUCUGACCAGGAGCACCCUCAAACAUGUGCCGUCGUUGACGAGAACGUGAGGAAUGCCGCGGAGCGCGUCAGGUGCUUGCUUGCAGAUACACGUGAUCUGCAGGCAGACGAUGCCCGCAUUCUACUGCGUGAUAUUGUCAAAGAGUAUCUUUUCCCGCUCAUGGACUGA